UUUUAAAUUAAAUUUAGCAACGAUGAGAGUCGUAAAAAUUGUAAGCAAUGUAUUGUGUCAACGUGUACAUUUUUAUGGUUUGCAUUCAAAAAUAGUUCGAAGAAAAUUACAAUAAUUUCUUUCAUAAAAUAUCAUAAAUUUUGAAAACUGUAAAAUCUCAUUGUCAGGUUCUGUAGUACCGAAGCAGAGGAGACUCUAAUCUUUUGUUUUGUUUAUAUUGCUAGUAAACUAGGGGUCUUCUACGACCCUCAACUACCACAAACCCCCCAAAACCGCUUACCAAAAAUGCCGCGGCUGACUGUCUUUAAUCUUCAGAAAUCUUCAGUUUGAGCGACAGCGAAAGUCGUGAUAAUCAUUGCCAUGUCCGUUCUGCGUCGCUAUGUAUAACCGUUCCCUUAAUUAUGGUUAAAUUCGAGUAGAAAAUAAUAGGCGUUAAUUUAUCUGAUGUGAUGAAUUGUUUUUUUUUUCAUCGCGUACCUGAAUUAUAAGUUCGUUUAUCUAAAGUGUUAGCAUCAUAACGAAUGACGUGGAUUUAGGUUAGGUUAGAAUCGUAGUUGGCGGAUGUGAACGGAUCAUUAAACCGACAAAGAUUACGUUAUUUAUUAGUAAUCGGUAGUGAAGAUGUUCGAAAUAACGGAUACACAAAAAAUUGGAGUUGGUCUUGCUGGAUUUGGGAUAGCAUUUUUAUUUCUCGGAGUUCUCCUUCUAUUUGACAAGGGUCUUCUCGCUAUCGGAAACCUCCUGUUCAUCUCUGGUCUUGGCUGUGUGAUCGGACCCCUCAGAACUUUGAAUUUCUUCUUCCAACGGCACAAAUUAAAAGGCAGCGCUGCAUUUUUGGGCGGAGUAUUAGUUGUCCUUUUAGGAUGGCCCCUUGUGGGUAUGAUCAUUGAAACAUACGGUUUCAUUAUUCUUUUUAGUGGAUUUUUGCCAGUCGCAAUCAACUUCCUCCGGAGAGUGCCAAUUCUUGGAACUUUUUUAAAUAUGCCAGGUAUAAGCCGUGUGCUGGAUCUGCUGGCGGGGGACACAAAUAGAACUACAGAAUCGUAAGGUUACUGCAAAAAAUCUCUAUAAUCCAACCUACAUGUCAGCUAGUUGAAUUUGUGGUAACAAAAUUUUCACAAAGUA